CAUAUAAAUACACAAUACAAUAACAUAAACCAGAACAGGCUCAAAAAAAGACUAGAAUCAAUUUUUUCCUCUUUUCUUGCUGAUUGCAAAAGUCAAGCUAUUAUUUUGCAUACAUUCCAUGAAAUUUUAAUACAAAUUAAUAAUAAUAAUAAUGGGGGUACGAAUGAGUACUAUGCGUCUCUAAUAGCCUCUGAUACUCAACUCCGACUUUCCACCUUCACGAAACUUACAUUGGUGUACCCUGUUGAUCAAACAGACGGAAAGAGGGGUAUGGAGUAAUAGGAGCUGGACCUGGCACUUCCUAAUAAACCCCAAACCUUACCGAUCUUCCUACCCCGAUCCAGUCCCAAUCUAAGGUGUUAUGCGACCCGUGCUGAUGGAUGGAUGGUACAGGGGUGACUGUACCUGUAACGGAGCCUCAAGAGUACCAGGUGACCCUCUUGAGUAAUCAACCUUACACCGGAGAGAGGGCUCCUCCGGUGCGGACCUUUAGACCCCUCAUACUCAUAGGAAUUGCAUGGAUAGACCAAAAGAAAAUAAAACACUGUGGGAACCUGCACAGGAAGACCCAAAAAAACAAUUGAUGAAAAUUGAAGAUGGCUCCAGGUCCUCUUCAACUCCCAUAAACCAAAAAUUGGAGAACACUCUUCUCGUGUCACCUUUUGAUGUGGGGGAUUUUCAGGAAGGUAUGAAUACCAAACCAGAAGAUGAAACCACUCGAAUGGGGGAGACUGAGAAGAUUGAUAAACAACGCCUCAAACCCAAAAAACUCUCAGGGGCCCAGAAGCGUAAAAGGGCAAUCGAACGAGCCAAACAAAAAGGGGAGCCAGUUCUGAAAAAAAUCAGGAAACAAAACCCCCCUUAUGUUAACUUCCAGACUUUGGCACAAGGCCUGACCACUAAAAGUGUUAACCCCCCAAAAACCAGGCCAAUGCCAACCAAAAGUGGUAAAAGGGACAGGUCACUGGAUAGUGUCACAUCAAGUGGAAGUGCUCCUUGGGCAUGUUCCAAAAAAAGCAAAGUCGAGGGAAGCAAUGUGGAACAAACCUUUCCCCCCAAUAUAGUUGGUGGGGAGGGCAAUGAGACAUAUCAGCAAGCCCUCAAAGCGCUAAAAAUGGCCGUGGUGUUGGAAGAAUACCCAGAUAAGGAGCUAACAGCUGAUCAGGGCAGAGCCGUUCAACGGGCCAUCCUGGCUGAGGUUUGGAGAUGCAAAAACUCCAAAGGGCCUCAAUUCAGGAAUGGCUACGUUGAAAAAGGGGCUGUCCUGAUAACUUGCGAAAAACAAAGUGCCAAGGAAUGGCUCAUGGCAACGGUACCUACCAUUCACCCGUGGGAAGGGGCAAACCUCAGGGUAGGCCCCUACAGAGAAAUCAUAAAACCCAAUAGGGUGGCUAUGUGGGUGCCAGAUCCUGACCUCCUGGGCACUACAGACACUGGCACUAUUCUCGGUCUGAUGAAAUCCCAGAACCCAGGUAUUAAUACCAAGCAAUGGAGGGUAGUCAGCCAAAGAGUAGAAGGAAAAGGUCUAAUACUUGUGGUAGACAUAGAUAAUGCAUCCUUUGGUGCUCUAAGUAAAGCCAACUUAAAACUUUACCUUGGCUUUGCAAUGAUAACCCUAAAGGUCAUUAAAAAAGCAGUAGACUGAUGCUCUGAGGGUGCUUCAAGCAAACCUCUAGCACAGUUAAGCUGCAACACUUGGGCUUUGUCGUGUGGGUAAGGAGAAUAGCAUCGAGGUAACCCUUAUCCAGGAACCCUGGCCAGUAAACGGUAGGACUAGCUGGGCUGGGAGAUAAGGGAAGAAAAUUAUAUAUGACCACAUGUACAAAAUAUACCAAACAAUAAUUAAACUAAACUACCUGAAGGGGAGGACUCACGAUGGACCUACAUGACUUAUGAUUCAUUAAGCCCUCUACCGUCAAAGGGAAACCUGUUAUAAUACUGAAGGCAAAAGAAGCUACAACUAAUAAUUGAAACUCACACAAUGAGGAAAGGAACCGCCACCUCAACUAUUUUGGAGAGGAGAAAUAUGAAAUAUGGCUUGAAAACUUGGCGGUGUUUUCUACAUCUUAAUGAACAAUGGAAGAUGCUUUGGAAAAACUGUUUCUGAUUUUACAAAUAAUCAAAUAAAUGGGAAUAGAUUGAGCAGAACAAGUAUGAAAAUGUGGUGUUUUCACAAUCAUUUGAAUGGAUUGAAAGAAAGGACCUAUACAUUAUUACAUUCUUUAUAAUACUACACAGGAGGAAUGAUGAUAAUCAAACUAGACUAGAAUCAAUGAUAACUGAUUUUACAAAUAAUCAAAUAAAUGGGAAUAGAUUGAGCAGAACAAGUAUGAAAAUGUGGUGUUUUCACAAUCAUUGAAUGGAUUGAAAGAAAGGACCUAUACAUUAUUACAUUCUUUAUAAUAAUACACAGGAGGAUAUCUCCCCUAAGAAUAAAAGCUGUAAUAAGAAUUUAUGCGCAUCUUAUGCUCCUUGGGGAAAAAGUACAAUAAACGACCGAUUUCUUGGACGGUGUAGUUAAAUUGACAUGGGCCUAAAGAGAUAAUUAACUCUUGAUUUUAAACACAGCCGAAUUACAGUCUUUGUUUCAAAAUUUGAUUGGUGAGGGAAUAAGGCGUUAUUCCUGAUAUAAACACUCUCUGUCCAUAAAUGUAAUGAAUACGGGAAACCACAGAUCAAGGCAUGAUGUAUCAUUUUAGCCCAUUCCUCUACAACACCGUGGGAACAAAUAUACAAUAGACGAAUCAUUUUAGUGCAUUCCUCUACACAAACCGUGGGAACAAAUAAACAAUAGGUUUGGCAGUUUCUUUCAGUCCAAAGAUUUCAUCGUUUUGUCGUCGUUAGUAUUUAUUUUCUUGUGUAAACCAUUGUAUUAUUGUUCCAAUUUUAUUUUAACACUUGUGAAAUUUAAACUACAGAUAAAUAAAAGCAUUCUAAAAUA